AUGUUUAGAUCUGGCCUAUUCCAUCUGUUAGUCGCUCCUCUGUUAAUCGCUCCAGUGGCAUCUUCACCUUCAGAUGGCUUUAAUUGGUAUGAAGACGGGGAAGAUGUUCACAAAUCAGGCAAACACCCUCACAGAGAACAAGGUUUUCCCAGAUUGCCGUUGUUAUCUGCACUUGCACCUGAUGCUGAUGUUAAAGAGUCUGCUAUCCCCCCAUUUUGCCGUCUACAUAUGGCUGGGACGGAGAAUCUGCAUUUGAAGAAGGGCAUCAUCGAUUAUGAUGGCAUCAUUGACGAACUCGACUAAAAUUUCAUUACUUUCCACCAAUUCGGAGGAAUAUCCUCCUCUCAAAUUCCUAUUCCAAGCCGGCAAAAAUGGAACCCUUCCCGGAAACGCAGCAGUUUCGGAUUCCCCAAAGAAGCAAUGUUGGAGCUGCUAAGGUAAGCCAAACCCAGCAUGCUGAUAAAGAUAAAGGGGUCUACCCGGUUGGGUUCCUCACCAAACAUGGCAUUUCACAUAAAGCCUUCGCCUUUUUCCUUCGUGAAAGCUAGUAUUGUUUGACCUUUAGCCCUUCUUGUUUUCCUCGUAAUUAUGAAAGUUUUGGUUUUUAUUGGAAGAGAUACCUAGUUUGAUUUUUCACUUUUACUCGCGCGAUGGGAUGUUUAACGUUACCUCAACCUGAGGAGCUGGCUUCUGGGUUAGUGCUUUCUUGCUCUUUCACAUAUUAAUAUUGGGCUAUCUUAUACUAUUAUUUAAAGUUCUAGUUCCUCAUGUUUUUGAAAGUUACUGACUUUCGUUGUUUUUGAUAUCCAAGUGUUUGUCAGAAUUCUUAGCUGAAUUCUCUUUAUUUUUUCCAUAAUUAGCAAUUAUAGCAUGUGUGUUACUAGUGAUGCCUAUGUUUCUUAUUACUAGAUAUGAACUACUGGAGUGAUGCCUAUGUUUUUGAAUUCUAGAUAUGAACUACUAGGAAUGCAACGAAAUGAUAAACAUCUCAG